AGGCUGAGGACGUCCCUGAGUUUCACGCAUGCGCGCAGUGCACAGAAGGCUUUGAAAAUGUCGGUUGCAGGUUGAAAAUGAGAAGGAAUUCGUCUUCAGGAAGCUCAAACACGGCACAACAGUUUUGUUGUCUCUGUCUAGAUAUUUAAGAAGUGGAGCAAGGGAUCCAAUUGACCACCCUUCCUGCUCAGACUGUGGGGAGGGAUUCUCUCGGUCAUUUGACCAACUGGCACACCUGUACUUUACACAGGGGAGAGACCUUUCACCUGUUCAGACAGUGGGAAUGGAUUCACUCGGUUAUCACAAUUGAAUGUACAUCAGCAAGUUCACACUGGACAAGGCCAUUCACCUGUUCUGUGUGUGAGAAGGGGUUCAAUCGGCCUUCCCACCUGUGGACACACCAGUCAGUUCACACCACACCGGGCAGAGGCUUGUCAUCUGCUGCAUUUCUGGGAAAGGAUUCACUCGGUCAUUUGACCUGAUGGCUCACCAGCGAGUUCACACUGGGGAGAAGCCAUUCACCUGCUCAGAGUGUGGGAAAGGAUUUAGGCAGUCAUCUACCCUACUGGUACAUCAGCGAGUUCACACUGGAGAGAAGCCGUUCACCUGCUCAGUCUGUGAGAAGGGAUUCACUCAGUUAGCUACCCUACAGAGACACCAGCGAGUUCGCCCGGCGGAGAAGCCAUUCACCUGUUCAGAAUGUGGGAAGAGAUUUACUCAGUCAUCCCACCUGCAGAGUCAUCAGCGAGUUCACACUGGGGAGAAGCCGUUCACCUGCUCAGUCUGUGAGAAGGGAUUCACUCAGUUAGCUACCCUACAGAGACACCAGCGAGUUCACACUGGGAAGAAGCUGUUCACCUGCUCAGUCUGUGAGAAGGGAUUCACUCAGUUAGCUACCCUACAGAGUCACCAGCGAGUUCACACUGGGGAGAAGCCAUUCACCUGUUCAGAAUGUGGGAAGAGAUUUACUCAGUCAUCUAACCUACUGGUACACCAACGAGUUCACACUGGGGAGAAGCCGUUCACCUGCUCAGAAUGUGGGAAAGGAUUUACACAGUCAUCUACCCUACUGGUACAUCAGCGAGUUCACACUGGGGAGAAGCCGUUCACCUGCUCAGACUGUGAGAAGGGAUUCACUCAGUUAGCUACCCUACUGAAACACCAGCGAGUUCACACUGGGGAGAAGCCGUUCACCUGCUCAGUCUGUGGGAAGGGAUUCUCUGACUCUUCCACCCUUCAGAUUCAUCAGCGAGUUCACACUGGGGAGAGGCCGUUCACCUGCUCCGAAUGUGGGAAGGGAUUCACUCAGUCAUCCCACCUACGGAGUCACCAGCGAGUUCACUCCGGGGCAAGGCCAUUCACCUGCUCAGUCUGUGGGAAGAGAUUCUCUGACUCUUCCACCCUUCAGAUUCACCAGCGAGUUCACACUGGGGAGAAGCCGUUCACCUGCUCAGUCUGUGGGAAAGGAUUCACUCAGACAUUCACCCUACAGAAACAUCAGCGAGUUCACACCAGAGAAAGGCCAUUCACCUGCUGAGAAUGUGGGAAAGGAUUCACUCAAUCAUCCCACCUACUGGCACACAUGUCAGCUCACAAUGGGGAGUGGCCAUUGUUAUGAAUCUCUAGGUUUUGUUUGCUGUGGAGAGAGAGAGAGAUGAAGAAGGCAAAUGUGUCUGACUUGCAGCUUGUUUACAUCGCGAGCAGCUUGUUUAGUUUUAACCGAGGACACAGACACUCAGAGACAGAUGGAGACAUAGGAGGAAAAAUGGAAGAAUCGAAACCAGGGAACUAGUGGCCAAGGGUCACUGUUUGUAACUUUCCUUUGCCCACAAGGGUGGGCUAAUUAUCGAUUCACCGUACAUCGAAUGUGUGGUUAUCACCUCAUUUAACCCAUAGGAGUGGAUCUGAUUUGGGAUAUCCUGUGGAGACCACUUAUGUGUUAACCCUUGCCUGGCUGUGGUGUGGUAGUUCACUUGAAGAUGAUACCCCUUAAGACAAGUCACUUCGGAUGAUAAUUAGUAUGUAGAUUUGGAAGGAUGACAGAUAAAAUCUACAGUGACUGUUGGUCUCGUUCAACUACCAUGAAACCUGUGGAAUACGACAUAAUGGCCUUCUCUCAACAUUUACCCUGUAUUACAAAUAUCUCUCUCUCAUCACUUAUUCUGUAGUUGAACUGAACUUUCAUACUUUACCAUCUCAAGACUCCAAGCCUUGUUUCCCCCACGCUCAAUAGUUUGGGAGUUUUAUUUAUACACAUAACACUCAUGCGGAAUGCAGAUGCUGAAAUUCAAACAACACACACAAAAUGCUGGUGGAACACAGCAGGCCAGGCAGUAUCUAUAAGGAGAAGAAAUGUCGACGUUUCAGGCUGAGACCCUUUGUCAGGACUAACUGAUAGGAAAGAUACAAAGAGAAUUGAAAGUCCUGGAGGGAGGGUGAAAUGCAAAAUGAUAGGAGAAGACUGGAGGUGGUGGGAUGAAGCUAAGAGCUGGAAAGGUGAUGGGUGAACGUGAUACAGAGCUCGAGAUGGGAAAGGAUCUUUGGACAGGAGGCCUCAGGAGAAAGAAAGUUGUGGGGGAAGCACCAGAGAGACAUGGAAAACAGGCAAACAAUUAAGUAUGUCAGUGAUGGGGUAAGAAGUGGAAGAGGGGCAUUAACGGAAGUUAGAGAAGUCAAUGUUCAUCCCAUCAGGUUGGAGGGUACCCAGCCGGUAUAUAAGGUGUUGUUCCUCCAACCUGAGUUUGGAUUAAUUUUGAUAGUAGAGGAGGCCAUGGAUAGACAUAUCAGAAUGGGAAUGGGAAGUGGAAUUAAAAUGUGUGGCCACUGGGAGUAGUCUGUUGCUGCUGGUUCGUUUCUAAAGCGUUAUGGUUUGUAACAAAAUGGGGCCUGCAUCUGGGAUAUGAACAAAUUUAAGGAUUGAUUUAAUAUUGAUUUCAUUGGAUAAAUCCCUUUUGAUUUAUUUGUGUGUGGAAAAUCAGCAGCAAUGGAUGUUGAUAGAUAUCUGGAAUUGUGAACCUCUCAGGCAUUAGAGGACACCAGAAGGAUUGAGUUAUUGAGUAUUGCUAGAACAUUAAUACUUGCUAAGGUGAAAUUGACAAUGAGGAGGGCACAGAUGCAGAGGAUAAUAGCUGAACAUUAUGUAUCUGAGGGAGUGUUUAAAGUGGAGGAGUUGGAGGUGUUUCCUGAAAGUAAACCUCGUGAGCUUGAGCUCCAGUACAAGUGAGAAAAAUUAAAGAUAGAGGCUCCGGAAAGGCAGAGGCAAUUUCAGGCUGGAGAGGCAGAAAAGCAGAAAGAAAAUACUCUUACUAAGUGUAAUUAAGGGGAAGGCUUAGCAAGCCUAUUCUGCUUUGACAGUUGCUGAAGCAGCUUAUUAUUUAUUUAUUUAUGCUGCCCCAAUCAUCGCCACUGGACUAUAAAUGUGCAGGAGCUGUGUGUGGUUCAGUGCUUUGCUCAAGGACACACAAGCUGCCUCGGCUGAGGCUUGAACUCAUGACUUUCAGAUCGCUAGUUCAACACCUUAACCACAUGGUCACACACCACACAUUUUGACCUAGUGAAACAGGCUGUGCUCAAAGCUUGUGAGUUGGUCCCAGAAGCAGACAGGCAAAAGUUUAGAAACUUGAAGAAAUCUGUGAACCAGACAUACAGAAUUUGCUUAUGAGAAAUUUGUGUGUUUUGACCGCUGGUGCACAUCUGAACAUGUAAAUGAAGUUUACAUGUUAAAACAUGUAACAGCUUGAAAGAGUUGGUUUUAAUUGAAGAAUUCAGAAGGUGUGUCCCUGAUGACAGAAAGACGUAUUUAGAUGGAAAUGAUGCUGCCACUAUGCAGGAAUCUGCUGGAUUAGCAGAUCUGUUUGCUUUAACUCAUAAAGUUAUGUUUACCCUGAAUAAGAGUUUCCAAAAGGCACUUGACAAGUUGUGGGUAAACCUAAUGAGCUCACCCCAGUGGCCUGUACCUGCAUUCGGUGAACCCUUUUCCAAAGUUAUAGUGGAUUGUGUUGGCCCAUUGCCAAAGAUCAAAGCUGGCCAUCAGUAUCUGCUAACUAUAUGUGUACUGCAUCCAGAUUCCCAGAGGCAAUACCUCUCAGAAAUAUUAAAGCUAAAACUGUGGCGAAGGCUCUUACCAAGAUUUUCACUUUAUUCGAUUUGUCUAAAGAAAUACAGUCUGAUCAAGGAUGUAAUUUUACAUCUGGAUUAUUCCAGCAGGUAGUUUCUGAACUGGGAACAAAACAAAUUGCAUCAUCUGCGUACCAUACAGAAUCACAAGGGGCUUUAGAAAGAUUUCAUUCUACCUCAAAACAAUGAUUAAGACAUAUUGUGUUGAAAAUGGAAAAGACUGGGAUGAAAGAAUACAUUUGCUUUUGUCCACAGAAAUAGAGUCAGUACAGGAAUCGCUGGGCUUUACUCCUUUUGAACUUGUAUGGUAGCAGUGUGCCCUUUGACCUUGUUAAAGGAACAGUGGAUUGAUGGGGAUGUACAUGUUAACUCGUUAGACUAUGUUUUGAAGUUCAAAAAUAAACUACACCCAACCUGUAGUCUAGUGAGACAAAACUUAAAGAUUUCUCAAAACAAAAUGAAGUGUUGGUUUGAUAAGCAGGCUCGCGAAAGCAGGCCAUGUACACAAAAAAAAUUCAUAACCUGGACAUUCUUGCUGCAAACCCGCUUCCACAUUGGCGGAGAGAUACAAAAGCCUUAAAGUGCGUAACACCCGGCUGAAGGAUGGAUGCCUGUCUGCAGUUAUAAGUCAAAUGAAUGAUAAAAUGGACCCGACCUCACAAUGUAACUCGACUUGACCCUGCACCAUAUGUCUAUCUGCACUGCACUUUCUCUGCAGUCAUAAUGCUUUGUUACAGUGAUUAUUUUGUUGUAU